ACCUGCCAGCUGUCUGGAUAUAUCGGACAUGAGCGAGGAGACAGUGACGCGUUUUUAAUUCAAUUUAAAUAAAACAAAUACAAAAUGAAACAUAAAAGAUGUUGUAAAUAUUAUAUACGAAACGCAUUUACAAGUCUGUGAAUUGUCAAUAAAGGUGUUUAUGUUCAACAAAAGAAGUGGCCAAAUAUAUGUGCAAAUCUAAAAGUGACCUACACACACAUACACACAAACACACACUCGCAAAUACAAAAUACAUAUUUUUAGUGACAAUUCAUUUUACAUAUAACUAAAAUAUAUACAUAUAAGAAAUAUUUUUAACAAUUAAUUACGGUCAAAAGUUCUCUUUGUGUUGUUGUUUCUGUUGUCGAGUGUCUUUUAGUAUUAUCGACCGUUUCAUUUGCCUUCGUUGGUGGCAAACAUUUUUUUAUAUAUGUAUGUAUGUGUGUAUGUGCACGCAUUCAAGGUAGAACUACACGUGCACUCAGCUGUCUGUGCGUAGGUGUGUUGGGGAUCCCGCUCAGCUGUUAUAGGACAACGGGAUAACAGUAAAAAAACCGUGAAUAAAAUUAAAAUUUACAUUUAAAUUUUAAUUCCUUUAUGUAAGAGAAUAUAAAUCGCUACGGAGAAUCCAUGGGAUCACUUGGUCAUCGCGCCCUAUUGCAGUAUAUAGAUAAUAAUGAUAUAUCCGGAUUACGGGCCAUACUCGAUAGUCGUCAUUUGACCAUCGAUGAUCGAGAUGAGAAUGGCACCACGGUGCUGAUGGUAGUAGCUGGACGUGGUUUAACUGCCUUUGUACGUGAAUUUCUGGCUCGUGGAGCAGAUGUCCAGGCAGAGGAUUUGGAUAAUUGGACAGCUUUGCUGUGUGCUACACGUAAUGGACAUUUGGAUGUGGUGCAAUUGUUAAUAGAUCAUGGAGCUGAGGUCGAACAUCGUGAUAUGGGCGGUUGGACAUCUCUGAUGUGGGCUGCCUAUCGUGGGCACACGGAACUGGUGCGUUUGCUGCUCGACAAAGGAGCCGAUGGCAAUGCCCAUGGCAAUUAUCAUCUUGGUGCUCUUCUCUGGGCUGCUGGACGUGGGUUUAAGGAGAUUGUCGAACUGUUGGUGCAACGUGGAGCCAAAGUGAAUGUGGGCGAUAAAUAUGGAACAACAGCUUUAGUUUGGGCAUGCCGUCGGGGCAAUGUGGAAAUUGUUGAUAUACUGGUCAAGGCAGGAGCCAAUGUUGAUACAGCGGGAAUGUAUUCAUGGACUCCAUUGCUGGUGGCCGCCGCCGGAGGACAUUCCGAUUGUGUCAAUUCGCUGUUGGAGAAGAAACCGAAUGUAAAUGCUUUAGAUAAGGAUGGAAUGACCGCUCUGUGCAUAGCCAGUCGUGAGGGUUUUCAGGAUAUUGCUGCCUCACUGAUAGCUGCUGGUGCCUAUAUAAAUAUACAGGAUAGAGGAGCAGACACACCAUUGAUACACGCUGUUAAGGGUGGCCAUCGAAGUGUGGUGGAGGCAUUACUGAAGAAGCAUGCCGAUGUCGAUAUCCAGGGAAAGGAUCGUAAAACUGCCAUCUAUACGGCUGUGGAGAAGGGACAUCUACAGAUUGUCAAGCUGCUGUUGUCCACCAAUCCAGAUUUGGAGUCAUCAACCAAAGACGGGGAUACCCCUUUGCUGAGAGCUGUUAGGAAUCGAAAUUUGGAAAUUGUCCAUAUGCUGCUCGAUCGCAAGGCAAAGGUUACGGCCAGCGAUAAACGUGGUGACACCUGCCUACACAUAGCCAUGCGAGCACGAAGUAAGGCCAUAGUAGAAGCCCUGCUAAGGAACCCAAAGCAUAGUCAAUUACUGUAUAGAGCCAACAAAGCAGGCGAAACGCCCUACAACAUUGAUACACUGCACCAGAAAACCAUUUUGGGUCAAGUGUUUGGUUCAAGGCGUCUCAAUACCAAUGAGGAUUCAGAAGGCAUGCUGGGGUAUGAACUCUACAGUUCGGCUCUGGCUGAUGUGCUUAGUGAGCCCACCCUAACCACGCCCAUUACCGUUGGUCUCUAUGCCAAAUGGGGAAGUGGCAAAAGUUUUCUCCUCAAUAAGCUGCGAGAUGAAAUGAAUAAUUUCGCCCGACAAUGGGCGGAACCACCGGCGAAAACGAAUGGACUCCUCUUCUUGGUCUGUGUACAUUUGAGCCUGCUCAUUGGAACAAUAGUAGGAUUGAGUUCUUGGUCCACUUUAUGGGGUCUUUUGGCCUCUGGCUUGUUCCUGAUCCUAACCUAUUUGCUUUUGGCAUUGGUACGAUAUUUCAACUUUCAAAUGGAUAUGUUUUGGGCUUAUACAAUAUUGCAUGGUCUGGAGAAGAGAAUGACCCGACUGAGACUUAUAUUGCAAGUGGCCUUUUGUCAUCCUCCUGGACCGCAGUCGGAUUCCCAAGCGAAACCAGUGCGUUUUCAUUUCGCCGAAGCUAGCAGUGCCUCUCCCACCGGAGAUGGAGCUGUGGCCCAUAUGCUGGCCUCCUUGUUGGAUGCCAUUGAGUCCCAUUACGGUUGGCUAGCCACACGACUUUACAGAGCAUUUCGGCCCAAAUGUCUGAAGACAGAUAUUGGCUGGCGUUGGCGACGGAUGUGCUGCAUACCAAUUGUGGUCAUCUUUGAAUUGGCUCUCAUCACUUUGGUGGCGGGAAUCUCCAUGUUGAUAGCCUAUUUUACCUACGCCUCGGAAGAUGAGCGACAACAAAUCUUGGUUGCCAUCUAUGUGAUUGCUGCUGUGCUAGUGACUCUGAUCUGUACACAUUUGCAUGUUUUGGCCAAAGUUUUUGGUUCUCUAUUCACCUCACACAAGCGGCAACUGAAACGGGCUGUGCGUUCGAAUGAAACUGCUCCCUUGACCAUGCUAGGAGCAGAGGUGGCUGUCAUGACGGAUAUGGUGAAAUGUUUGGAUGCUUUUACCAAUCAGCAGAGUCGUCUAGUGGGUGUAGUGGAUGCUCUGGACUCAUGUGAUACGGAAAGAAUACUCACUUUAUUGAAUGCCGUGCAGACAUUACUCUCCUCACCAAAUCGUCCAUUUGUAUUACUCAUCUCAGUGGAUCCUCAUGUCAUUGCCAAGGCUGCUGAGGCUAAUAGUCGGCGCCUAUUCACUGAGGGUGGCAUUGGUGGUCAUGAUUUCUUGAGGAAUCUGGUCCAUUUGCCAGUUUAUCUACAGAAUUCUGGUCUACGAAAGGUGCAAAGAGCCCAAAUGACUGCUCUACUCUUCAAACGUAGCGGCGGCGGCGGCGGUGGUGGCGGUGGAGGGGAUUAUCAAUUCGAUGAUGGUCCUAUGCCCACUUUGGGUCAUUCAGUCUCCGCUCGUCGUCUGUCGAAUGCUUCCGAGAUUAUGUCCAGUCAGGAGAAAUUGCGAGGCAAUGCUCAACGAGGUGCCGGCACUUCGGGUGGUGGCAAAAAACUACGCCUGUCCGAAUCGGUGGCCAGUUCGAUUGGUUCAAACCUGCAUCGCUUGGGCCAGAAUCCUCAGGGAGUGUUGGACUUAUCACGCAUUGUCCUCACCGACGAUUACUUCAGUGAUGUAAAUCCUCGCAGCAUGCGACGUCUGAUGAAUGUCAUCUAUAUCACUGUCCGUUUGCUGAAAGCCUUUCAAAUUGACUUUAGUUGGUAUCGUCUGAGUUCUUGGAUCAAUCUCACCGAGCAGUGGCCAUUGAGAGCGAGUAUGAUUGUCUUACAUCAUGAUCAAUUUAUGGAUACCAAUGCCGAUGAGAAUGUCUCAUUGCAGAGUGUCUAUGAAAAAGUUCGUCCCAAGUUGGCUUGUUUGCGUGAGGCAGCUCCUCUGUUGGAAUUGGAUCGAGAUGAGCGUAAAUUGGAUGCAUUUUUACAAUUGCAUAAAUCUGAUUUAUUAGUUGCCGAUUUGCGCAUAUUUUUACCAUUUACCAUCAAUCUGGAUCCCUAUUUGAGAAAAGUUUUAAAGGAGGAUCAGCAGACCAUAGAAGAUGAGGGCUCCUUGGUUCUACAGACACGACCAAGUGUUUCAAAUUCAAUAAACAGGCAUCAUCCAGCUCCACCCACAACCUAUGUGCCUUCGCCUCAAGCCUAUCCGCCUUAUCAAAUGUUCCACAAUGAAUAUAUGGCCAAUGAGUUGAGAUCUCGCUUACCCAGCUCUAGUACUGAACCUCCCAUGACUCCACUUUUGGCCAAUACACCGAAUGAUUCAUUUAGUGAUGAUAUAUUGCAAACUAAACUCACAGAUCUCACUGUAGAGGGUGUUAUUAGUUUAUUAGAGCGCAUUGAAGACCUCAAGCCCGCUUUGCCCAAAUUGUCUCCAGUUUUGCGGGAAAAUGCCAUUAAUGGUCGUGUCCUUAAACAUUGCGAAUUGUCGGAUUUGAAAUCAGUUUUGGGCUUAAGUUUCGGGCAUUGGGAACUAUUCCGUUUGCUAGUUACCACUUUGAGAGAUUGUGAACGCCUGGCCCCACGUAAAGUUAGGCCACAGGCGUCAAUUAUUGAGCCACCGCCAGCAGCUCCCAUACCCAUGAUCAAGGAUGUUACAGAUGCCCUAAUCACACCUGCUCCACGCGAACCACUGUCCCGAAAGAAUUCUGUCAGUCAUAUGGAGAAACAGUCGAAAAUCCAUGACUAUGAGUAUCUACAGGUGACUCUGGAAGAGCAAAUGAUUUGUGGCGCUUUGCAGACCUUGAAUGAAGAAGCUUUCGAGGAUGUUGCUAGCAGUGAACGUCCAAGUCCAACAGGUGAGAUGAUGGCACAACUACAGUUAGCACCCAUACGGGAAUCAUCUGAAUUUGGUUCACCUUCCGAUGAGCAACAGAAACAAAUGUCCUCCGGCAUAUUAAUACGUAACCACAACAAUAAUGCAACAACUGCAACAACAACAACAAUUAGCACACCAACAACAACUAAAUAUUUGCAUGCUGAAUAUAAUCAAAGCGGCAGUUCGCAUUCACUGCAAAGUCUAAGUACCCAGCCAGGUGGAAUAAUUGGUGAAAUUGUUGAUACUUCAUCUAAUGUAAUGGCAGCAGCAGCAGCCGUGGUCGCCUCAUCCUCUUCAUCGAUGGCGUCGCCGUUGCAACAGCGUAGAGAUUCCAUAUUAAAACCGCAGGGCAGUGGGAAGACUUCGACAGAGAAACGUGUAUCGAUCAAACAAUUGCCUAACAAUAACAAUAAUAGUAACAAUAACAACAACAAUGCCAAAUUAUCAACUAAUGUGGAAUACAUCUCUGAAGUGGCCACAACUGCCGGAGCAUCGGGAAGUAGUAGCAAAAACCGCUUGACCUCCAAGCCGCCAUCAGGUGCCCGUCCAGCUUCAUUGAUUAUAACCAAAUCGGAUUCGUCGUCACAGUUUCAGUUGUUGCGCUCCUCAUCAGUGGACUAUGAGGAUGUUGAGGCCCAGCAGCACCAGCAACGUAUUAGUGCUUUACGAGUUUCACUUCUCGAGCAGCAGGAAGAUGAGUCAUCGCCUUUAGUGUUUACAGUGAGGAAAUGAUAGAAACUUAUAUCUAGAUCUUAAUUACAAAGAAUAUAUGUGUUUAUAUAUAUAUAUAGCUAAAUAUAUAUAUAUAUAUAUAUGUUAUAUGUACUUAUUAUAUGUAAUAAUGCGUUGUGAAUAUAGAAAAUAGAAUUAUAAGACAAAUUAUAAAGAAUGAUAAAUGUA